AUGAGCGAGUCGUGGACCUACAACACCCCGCCAGGGACACCGUCCACGGGUCCCCAGAUCACGGCCAUCGCGUUGGUGUUUACGGCGCUGUCGUUGAUCAUCAUGAUGCUGCGGUUAUACGUCCGUGUGAUUAUGCUCAAGGCCGCUGGCUCGGAUGACUGGGUCAUCUUUGCAACGUGGUUUGCGGCUGCCGGAUUCGCAAUCGUCAGCACUAUUCAAACGAAAUGGGGCUUGGGUCUCGAAAAGCUGGAGGACAUGCCAGCGCAGAAUCUCUACAACUUUGGUCUUCUGCAAUACGCCGGCGCUCCUUUUAUUCUCGGAUUCAAGAUCAGCUUGCUUCUCUCAUAUCUCCGCUUCAUUCCGAAGGGUCCCUACAGGUGGGCAACUUUUGUUACCAUUGGCCUCUGCGUCGCGUAUCACCUUGCCUUCCUGCUGGUGCAAAUAAAUCUGUGCACGCCUAUCGCGAAGCAAUGGGACCCCACGAUCACCAAUGGCUCCUGCAUCCCCGGAGUUCCCUUCUACACGAGCAUGGCGUCUCUAACGAUCGCAUUUGAUGUCAUUGUCAUGUUCCUCCCUUUUCCCGUCCUCGCAUCCUCCAAGAUCCAAAAGCGCAAGAAGUUCGUUCUCCUUGGCCUCUUCGGCCUCGGCGCCUUCAUCACCGUCAUUCAAAUCAUCCGAAUCCAAACCGUCCACGCCCUCGCAAACUACCUCGACUCCUCGCCCCUCAUCAUGUGGUCCGCCAUCGAGAACAACCUCGGUAUCAUCGUCUGCUGCAUCCCGACCCUCGCGCCCCUUGUCAAAUACUUCAACGAAAAGAGCAGAUCCGGGAGCCGAAGCAACAAGUACGGCGCCGCGAGCGGCUACGGAAAAACGGGACAGAGCGGCAAUGUCGGAAGCAGGUACGCGCUACAGAGCUGGCGGCCGGGGAUGAGCGGUAUGCAGCCGCUCGGCAGCGGGAUCGACCACAGCGACCGGGAUAUUGGGGUGCAGAGCUCAAGGAUAGGGAAGGGCUCGGAUGACGGCAGUGCCGAUUAUCAUCUUGACGCGCCGGUUAUUGUGAAGAAGACGGAGUUUGUGGUUACGAGCAAUCCCAGAGAGCCAGGGGAGGCUGUUUGA